CUGUCCUUCCUUCUUCAUGCACAGGCGCCCAGACGCCCUCCGGAGAUGCUGUGGCUGCUGCUGCCCCUGCUCUGCCCAGGGUCCCUGGCACAGCAUCCAGAUUACACACUGGAAGUGCAGAAGGCUGUGACAGUGCAGGAGGGCCUGUGCGUCUUCGUUCCCUGCAAUGUGCGAUAUGGACGGACUACGGAUACACCAGCUCAUGGCUUCUGGUUCCGGGAAGGAAAUGAUGCAAUGCAGGGUGCUGCUGUGGCCACAAACAACCCUGAUCGUGAAGUGAAGGAGGAGACCAAGGGCCGAUUCCAACUCCUCGGGGAUCCCCUCAAAAACAACUGCUCCCUGGACAUCAGAGAUGUCAGGAGGACAGAUAAUGGAUCGUACUUUUUUCGGGUGGAGGGAAGAUAUCCUCUGAAGUAUAGUUACAUACAGAACAUGCUCUCUGUGCAUGUGACGGCCCUCACCCACACACCUGACAUCCUCAUCCCGGGGACCCUGGAGUCCGGCCGCCCCAGGAACCUGACCUGCUCUGUGCCCUGGGCCUGUGAGCGGGGCACGCCCCCCAUCUUCUCCUGGACGUCAGCUGCUCACACGUCCCUGGGCCCCAGGAACCACCUCUCUUCUGAGCUCACUCUCACUCCACGGCGCCAGGACCACGGCACCAACCUCACCUGUCAGGUGAAGUUCCCUGCAGUAGGUGUGACUGUGGAGACCACCAUCCAGCUCAACGUCAGCUGUGCCUCACAGAAGUCAACAGUGGGUGACUGCCUAGGAGAUGGCACAGGGGCACCGAGGACCACGGCAGGAGUGGUUCAGGGGGCCGUCUGGGGAGCCGGUGUCACUGCCUUGCUGGCUGUGUGCCUCUGCCUCAUCUAUUUUGUAGUGAAGACCCACAGAAAGAAAGCAGCCAGGGCAGCAGUGAGCAUGGACAGCAUCCACCCUGCCAGCCAGCCAGCUUCUCAGGAUCACCAGAAGCAGCCCAAGUUAGAUAUCCCUACCGACUCCACAAACCCUGCAGGGGCCACCCAGACCUUGGGGUCGGAGCCAGAGCUGCAUUAUGCCUCCAUCCGCUUUCAGGGGGUGAACCCUCAGAAGAACGCCCACACAAUAUACUCCAAUGUCACGACCCAGUGAGAAGCCAACAGGUCCACAUCUGCCAAAGCGUCGGUAUCCUGUACAGGAAGGGAGACCUACGGGCUGAUUUUUAGAGACUUAACAUCCCCACAGGCAGUGGGUUUAUAAACUGUUGUAUAUGAGUUUCCUGCUAUGUUGGAACUAUCUUAGGCAUUGUAGUCCUGGGAUCAAGUUCAUGGUCUUUCAUUGAUCAAGAAUAUGACAACACGUGAGCUACCUUGCCCUUCCGUGUCUCAGUGCUCUGACUUGUGAUGAAGUGGGAGAAGUUUUAUAUCACAGGGUUGCUAUGAGGAUUAAAUAAAAGUACAUAUGGAACCU